GGAGUAAUUACUGUUGGCAUCUCAAGAUGAAGAAGAUGAAGAAAACCCAUCUGGGACAUGGAGUUCUGAAGUUUUUUCUUUUAGUUUUUAUUUCAGUGUUUAUUCCUGUGGAGUCGGUGACGGAUUCGGGAGAUGCGGCAGUGAUGAUGGCUUUGAAGCAGAGUUUGAACCCUCCGAAGUCCCUUGGAUGGACUGACCCAGAUCCUUGUCAGUGGAAUCAAGUGGGUUGCACGAAUGGAAGGGUUACUCGGAUUCAGAUUGGAAACCAGGGUCUCUCAGGCACUCUUCCUUCUGGUCUCCAAAACCUCACUGCCUUGCAGCGUUUAGAGUUUAUGAAAAACAAAAUCUCGGGUUCUCUUCCAAGCUUGAGUGGAUUGGGUUCGUUACAGGUUUUGCUUCUUAGUGACAACCAGUUCUCUUCCAUUCCAGCGGAUUUCUUUUCUGGGCUUUCGUCUCUUCAAGCUGUUGAUUUAGAUGAUAACCCCUUUUCUGCUUGGGAGAUUCCUGUUAGUCUUCAGACUGCAACCAGUAUUGCCAACUUCUCUGCUAAUUCAGCCAACAUUACAGGGACGAUUCCUGAUUUUUUUGGGGGAACCACCCUUCCGAGCUUGACGAACCUGCAUUUAGCUUUCAAUAACCUCCAAGGUGGGCUACCCGCGAGUUUUGUCGGAUCUUCGAUUCAGACUCUUUGGCUGAAUGGGCAGACGACAAAGCUCAGUGGAAGCAUUAAGGUUCUACAGAACAUGACCUCCCUCUCGGAGGUCUGGCUGCACUCAAAUGCUUUUACAGGGCCGUUGCCAGAUGUUUCUGGGUUGAAAAACUUGCAGAGCUUUAGCGUUAGGGACAACCAGUUAACGGGUCCUGUUCCUGAUUCUUUGGUAUCUCUUCCAUCGUUGCAGAUUGUGAAUUUAACUAAUAAUUUGCUUCAAGGGCCUACUCCAAAGUUUCCAACUUCUGUUGCAGUGGAUAUGGCUGGUCUAAAUAGCUUCUGUUUGCCCACUCCAGCAGCUGCCUGCGAUUCUCGUGUGAAUGUAUUGCUCUCCACCGCCCGAGACAUGGAUUACCCAGUUAAAUUUGCGGAAAAUUGGAAGGGAAACGAUCCUUGUGCUUCAUGGUUCGGAAUUUCUUGCAGCAAUAGUAACAUCUCUGUGAUUAAUUUUCCAAAAAUGGUUCUCACGGGUACGAUCUCUCCCGACUUCUCUAAAUUUCAAUCCUUGCAAAGAUUGAUUCUUGCGGACAAUAAUCUCGCCGGUACCAUUCCGGUGGAGCUUACAACUCUGCCUAGUCUUACUGAACUUGAUGUCUCAAAUAAUCAGCUUUCUGGGCUAGUCCCAACAUUUAGAAACAGUAUUGUUGUAAAAACAAAUGGCAACCCAGGCAUCGGGAAGAUCGUCCCAUCUCCAGCCCCAGGUGGGAGUUCAUCUAGCCCACCAUCUAGCCCAUCACCUGGUGGUAGUAAUGAUACAAAUGGAAAAGAUGGUAGCCAUAGUCCAAACGGUCAAUCUUCAUUCCCCGUUAAAGCUACUGUGGGUGCAGUAAUCGGUGGUGUCACUCUGGUUUUCUUGGCUGGGUUUUUGGUCUUCUGUAUUUACAGGAGAAAGCAAAAGCGGUUUGGUAGAGUACAGAGCCCCAAUGCGAUGGUGGUCCAUCCUCGACACUCUGGCUCUGAUCCUGAGAUAGUGAAGAUCACGGUCGGCGGACCAAGUAUGAAUGGUGCCUCAAGUGAAAGCUACAGCCAGACAAGCAGUGGGCCGAGUGACAUUCAUAUGGUUGAAACUGGAAACAUGGUGAUUUCCAUUCAAGUCUUAAGGAAUGUGACUAACAAUUUUAGUCAAGAGAACAUAUUGGGAAGAGGAGGUUUUGGGACAGUGUACAAAGGUGAAUUACAUGAUGGUACAAAGAUUGCGGUGAAGAGAAUGGAUUCUGGUAUAAUGACUGAGAAGGGAUUGACGGAAUUUAAGUCUGAGAUUGCUGUUCUUACCAAGGUCCGGCACCGACAUCUGGUUGCUCUUCUUGGGUAUUGUUUGGAUGGAAAUGAGAGGCUUCUUGUGUACGAGUACAUGCCUCAGGGAACUCUCAGCAGAUAUCUUUUCAACUGGAAAGAAGAAGGGUUGAUGUCACUGGAGUGGACAAAAAGGUUGAGCAUUGCCCUGGAUGUGGCUAGGGGUGUUGAGUAUCUGCAUGGUUUAGCCCAUCAAAGCUUCAUUCACAGGGACCUAAAGCCGUCAAACAUUCUUCUAGGAGAUGAUAUGAGGGCUAAGGUGGCAGAUUUUGGUCUUGUCCGUCUUGCGCCUGAAGGGAAAGCUUCUGUUGAGACAAGACUCGCAGGAACCUUUGGGUAUCUUGCUCCAGAAUAUGCAGUGACGGGGAGAGUAACUACCAAGGCCGAUGUCUUCAGCUUUGGUGUGGUAUUGAUGGAGCUAAUCACAGGGAGGAAAGCCCUUGAUGAUAGCCGACCUGAUGAUAGCAUGCACCUAGUAACAUGGUUCAGGAGAAUGCACAUCAACAAGGAUACGUUCCGCAAUUCUAUAGACCCCACAAUUAACCCCAAUGAGGAGACACUUGCCAGCAUCAGCACUGUUGCUGAGUUGUCCGGUCACUGUACUGCAAGGGAGCCACAUCAAAGGCCCGACAUGGGGCAUGUUGUCAAUGUGCUAUCAUCUCUAGCCGAGCUAUGGAAGCCUUCAGACCAAGACUCAGAGGAUAUCUACGGCAUUGACCUCGACAUGACCCUGCCACAGGCCCUUAAGAAGUGGCAGGCAUUCGAGGGAAGCAGUGGCACAGACACAUCAUCAUACGUCGCCAGCAGGGACAACACACAGACCAGCAUACCCACCAGACCUUCUGGAUUUGCUGAGUCAUUUACAUCUGCUGAUGGAAGGUGAGAGAAGAAGAUGGACAAUGAAAUGUUGGGUUCAUUACCCAGAGAAAAAAUAUUGGGUUCACAGUGAUUUUAACUCAUGAAUCAUGAGAGCUCUGCUUUGUUCAUUCCAUGUGCUUCUCUUCUGCUUUUUAUCUUCUUAGUUAGAUCUUCUUGUAAGGGUUUGUUCUUUCCUUUUUUAUUAUUCUCUUUUUCAUGUUAAACGGGGUCCCUCUGUUGGGAUGUUAAUGUCUGGAAUUUGGAGUGUGGACAGUCUUUUUUUAACUUGAAAAGUUUCUU